AUGUUGUGGAAAUAUUUAAUAUUUCUUUCACUUUUUUUAACUUUUAGUCAAGCUUUAGAAUGUAAUGAAACCAACUGUAGUACUACUGAAACCAACUCAACUAAAGAUUCAAAUGAAUUUAUUCAAAGUAAAAACAAGAAGAAACAUAAGAGAAGUCUUAAAGAAAAAAAUAAAGACAAUCAGACAAAAGAAACUAAAAAUUUAACAAGUAUAAUAAAAACAAAUGACACUCAACAAAACAAAAAGACUCAUCAACUCAUUCACAAAAAGCAAUUGAAAGUAAGUGAAAACAAUACCAUUGAUAAUGGUAUUGAAGAAAUCACUAAUAACACUAUCAUUACUCAAGAUCCCAUUUCUAAAAAAAAGAAAAUAGUAGAAAAGAAAAAGAAAGCGAUUACCAAAAAACAUUCAGAAAAACUUGAAAACAAUAAAACAUCUUUAUUAGCUAAUACUACAAACACAACGAAUAGUUCAUUAGAAAGUAAAAUUAAAGUAUUACUAUUAACUAAUAAAAAGGUAAAAGAAAAAAUUAAAAAAGAAAAAGGUGCACAGAAGAAACAAAUAAGAAACGAAAAAAAGAGACCCAAAGGAGGAAAAGUAAAAGACCAAGAAAAAAUUAUGAAAAAGAAAUUUAUUGAAGAACGUGCACGUAUUAAAAAAGAAAAAAAUAGAGAAAGGUAUCAAGAAGAAUUACAAGAAGAAAUGCAAAAGAAAAUUAAUGGAAAACAAUCAAAAAAGAAAACUAGUUACAAAAGAGUUCAUAACUAA